AUGGACAACAGAACAGAGGAUGGAAAUAUGCUGCAAAUAGAGGAUUUUGCCCUUGCGCCGCAGUAUAUUUACCCAGUGUUUUUCAUUCUGCUCUUUACUUAUCUAAUCAUUAUGAUCACCAAUACAGGAGUUAUGGUCCUCAUUGCCACAGAAAGGAGUCUACAGCAGCCCAUGUAUCUUUUAUUCUGUAAUCUGUCCUUCAAUGAUAUUAUGGGGAACACUAACAUUCUCCCAAAAAUAAUGUCACACCUCCUCUUAUCUGAGAGGUAUAUUACUUACGCUGAGUGUGUAAUUCAGGCAUUCUGUUCUCACAUCUAUGGCACAGCUGCACACACAAUACUAAUGGUCAUGGCUUUUGACAGGUAUGUGGCCAUAUGUAACCCUCUGAGAUACUCCUCAAUCAUGACCACCAGCAUGGUGCUGAAGCUGUCAGCAUAUGCUUGGGGUGUACCACUUGUAAUGGUAUCAGUUCUACUGGGCCUCACCAUUCGACUCACCAGAUGCCGGUCAGUCAUUGUGAACGCGUACUGUGACAAUGCGUCUCUGUUCAAACUUUCAUGUGAGGACGUGUCCAUCAACAACAUCUAUGGACUCAUUUUCACAGCAUUGCUGUUCGGUUCUUCCAUGGGAAGUAUUGCCAUCACCUAUUUUAGAAUAGUCACAGUUUGUCUCACCAAGAAAAGCAAAGAACUGAACAGCAAAGCACUGCAAACAUGUGCCAGUCAUGUAGCCCUAUACAUGAUAAUGCUGUGGACUGGGUUCAGUACAAUUAUCACCCAUCGCUUCCAAAUGAGCUCAGUCUUCAGGAAACUGGCAUCUGUUUUAUUUCAUGUUGUUCCAGCAUACCUGAACCCCAUCAUUUAUGCAGUGCAUACAAAAGAAUUGAAAAGCAAGAUAAUUCAAUUGUUUUGCUCAGUGUGCAAGUAG